UUCAAUUCGCUAACAACAAACAGAAGUUUCGUGUAAUACAGAAAACCUAUGUUGCAGACUGAGAAAACAAUAUUUUUAUAGAUAGUGCAGGGAUGCACCAAUGAGCUAUCCAAUUGGUCAAAAUGUUUUGUUCGACUAUCCAAUAGAAAAAGGAAUGUGAAUCCUGUAUUUGCAUAAGCACCUCCCUCAGGGAAAUUGUGUCACAUUUAUCCAAUCAGAAGAAAUAGUUGUUGAUCCUUCGUUUGCAUUAAGGAACUAUAAGUGAAUGGACUCCAGACUUUUAGGUACUAAUCUUUGAUAAAAGUGAGGCUGUUUUUUUGUUAGCCUUUGGAGAAAGAACUAUGCCUGAACCUUCUAAAUCAGCUCCGGCCCCUAAGAAGGGUUCCAAAAAGGCCAUCACUAAGGCACAGAAAAAAGAUGGUAGGAAGCGCAAACGCAGCCGCAAGGAGAGCUAUUCCAUCUAUGUCUAUAAAGUGCUGAAGCAGGUCCACCCUGACACUGGCAUCUCGUCGAAGGCCAUGGGCAUCAUGAACUCGUUCAUCAACGACAUCUUCGAGCGCAUGGCGGGCGAGGCGUCGCGCCUGGCCCAUUACAACAAGCGCUCUACCAUCACCUCCAGAGAGAUCCAGACGGCCGUGCGCCUGCUGCUGCCCGGGGAGCUGGCCAAGCACGCCGUGUCCGAGGGCACCAAGGCCGUCACCAAGUACACCAGCUCCAAGUAGGCGUCUCUAAGCACAGGGACAUUUUCAAACAGGCUCUUUUCAGAGCCACAUAUUUUCUCAAGAGAGUUGUAACUGCCACCUACCCUGCUGACUACAAGUGGUUGGUUUGAGCUCUAAUGAAAUGAAUAUGAGACAAUCUCAGCAAGCAAAUUCCGUUGAGGUCACUUGGCUUUAAGUGAAAUACACUGCUGUGGUGAACCAGAAGAAUUUUUCUCCCUUAAUCUGGAGGUGCUCAUUAAACUACUUGGGAAUGCUCAGUCCCCUGUCUCCGUCUGCACGUUUCUGACGUUGACUGAAAUUUCGUCGUUGGGUGAAAAAAGGCGGUUCAAAGAAUAUAAAAAUGGGAAUCCUGAGAAGGUGGAUUAUCAAGGCCACCCUUGUAUGUAGAGGGUGAGUAACCUGAGCGGCGGAGAGGGCAGAUAGCCGCUCUUCCUGGAGCUCAAAUUUAGAGUGGCCUAAACCACUGGUGAAAUACAAGGCAAAAUAGCCUGACUUUUGGCACUCCUGUGGACUGCACUUCGAGCUCUGCGCACAGAUUAAAUUGAGAUUCCUCCAAUUUCGCAUUACGGUCGUUUACCGAGGGCAGUGGCCAAUCUGUGGCUAUUGCAGUUUUCCUUGCAUCCCAGAAAUCUGGCUCGUUUCCUGGGUCACUUGUGGUUAAGGAGAGCCACUUAGAAGAGCAGGGAGGAUGGCCCUCCAGUUCUAGGAGGGACAAAGGGUUUGAAUUUCUCGCUCUUCCCUAUCUGGCGCCACUUCCAGGCUGAUAGCGAGGAAGAAGAUGGGCGGUGUUUCUUUGAAAACUAAAAACCAUCUUGAACUCCAAAACAUACCCUAAAAGAGUGUCUUCCGAUGAAGAAAUAAAAUUUAAAGUAGAGGCUCUUAAGAGAAAACAAUUUAAAUUUUUCUCCGUGUCCCAAACAGUCGACCAACUGUAUGAGAAGCACUUCCUAUCCAGCAAACACAAACUGUAGGUGUGAAAGAUGCUUCCCUUUAAAAAAAGUAAUUUUUGUUUUUUAGAUUAUACAAAGGCAUUCCCCUCCUCCCCUUCUGUCUGUCUCUGUGUUAUUAGCGAACUCAAGCUACAGCUUAAGAAUCACUGACCCAUAUGUUUUUACCCUGUAGAAGUGAGAUCUGGUCUGCAAUCUUAAUAUUUAGCCUCUUUAAAAUGACCUCCUGAGGUAGGGAUUAUUUUCUCCACAUCUUGUCCUUCGUAACCAGUCUGCCUGCUUGUUUUCUAGCUUCCUUUUCUCUCUAAUCUUUCCUUCCUUCCUUCCUCCCUCUGACUUCUCUUUCCGCUUUCUUUCUCUCCCAGCCCCCUUCUUCAUUCCUAAUAUUUGAUGUUUUAUCUAAAACUAUACCCUUGAUUAACAAGCUCAAACCAAAAGCUAGGCCUAAACUCAAAGCUAGGCUUUUUUGCCACCUGUACUGAUACCUGGCUGGUCUUUAAGUGAAUGAGGAAUUAAAAAAAAAAAAUCAGAUGCCUGGCCUCUGGUAGACCUUAGAUCCACAAUGGAAAGUGGGAGAAGGCCUUAAGAAAAAUAAAUUCAUAAAUUCCCAGUUGAUUCUGAUAAGGCACCAACUUUGGACACAGUAGGGCCACUGGGCAAGCCCAUCAACCCGAAAGACCAGAAGUGUUUCCACACUCCUUUCUUAGUUAACACCCGCAUUUUCUCCAGAGAUGCAGUCCGAGUUACAAAGCAAAUGAGAGAAAAAUAACCUGUCCUACAUCCUCAAUUAUUUCAGUCAUGGAAAGUUUUGCCUCCCUCCCUAUCCAACAGAGGAUCUGAAGACAGCAAGAAUGAAAUACAGGAAGGAAUAGAACUGCCUGGGCAGAGUUCUAUCUGCCUGGAAGGAGGCAGAGGGGGAUUGGGAUAAUUUAAUUUUGGGAAACAGACUGACUGAAAAUUUGGAAAAGAAAGGUCCACAAAGAGACAGAUAAAAGGAGGUCUAGAGGCUGCUCAUAAUUUGGGAAAGGGACGGCACAGUUAGGAGACAAGGCAGGUCCCAGCCCUUGCUUCAUGGCAGGUGGGAGGACACGGACCUCUCAUCUCCGUCUACGGCAACUCAGAAAUAGUUGAUGUAUUUUUCUUGGCUUUCCAUUUCCAUUAAACUGUAUAAUAUGUAAAAACGAGCUAUUAUUAAAUAAUGAGUGUAAGUCUGGGGAGAGGAAAUCCAGGGUCAAAAUACCUGUAAAAACUGAAGUCAGUCAAAGGGAGAAAUAAAGUUUAAAUCCCGUUUAUUGCUUACAAACAUCAGUCCAGGGCUCUUGGUCCUCUGCUCCGGAAAGAAGCAAGCCAACAAGCAAGCCAGCCCCUCCCCUUAAACUCUCAGGUUCAGACACGCCCUCGGUUGCCCAGGUAAUUACUCAUUGACAUGGAGAUGAACUUCUCUUCACCCCUGAGGAUAUGCAAAUACACUAAAGCAAGGCGAGAUACUCUGGAAAUGUUACAAUUUUACCCACAUCUGUCCUCUCACUUUAUCUCUAAAAAAAGUCUCUGCCUUGCUCUCCUACCGUGAGUGUUUGCUAAGUUCAUUCUUUGACUUCGCAAACAAGAACCCCGGCAUCACUACGACAAAGAAUUAUUUACUGUCUCCUUUACUGUUGUAUGAUUUAAAUUAGUUAAAGCAAUUGCUAGUAUAAAAGUACCUCUUAAAUGUUACCUAUUUAGAAAUUGCUUUCCAAAAUCAUGAGUCCCAAGUCCCAGUUAAAGGACCAGCAGCGGAAAAGA